AUGGAUGAAAACCAACAAAUUGAAGUGCCCUAUGUAGUGGUUGGCGGAGGUAUAGCUGGCAUUAGUUGUGUUGAAGCAUUAAAAAUAUACACAACAGAGGCAGUGCUUUUAAUUUCAGAAUCACCAGUUGUCAAAGUAAUUACUGAUGUACAAUUUCACACUAAAAUAGCUGCUGGAUUCAAUGUCGAGGAUCGAAAUCUUCAAUGUAUCGAGGAUACAAAAUACAUAAUAGAUAAAAUAAUAGCAAUUGACUCAGUGGCCCAUAUAAUUUACACUCUCAACGGUCGUGAAAUUAAGUAUAAAAUAUUGUGUUUAUGUAUGGGAGCUACACCAAAAUUAUUGGAUGACAAAGAUUAUAUUAUUGGAUUGCGUGAUACACAUUCUGUUGAGUAUUUUCAAUCAAUUCUUAGUCAUGCCAAGAGAGUAUUGAUUGUUGGUAAUGGUGGUAUUGCUACAGAUUUGGUGUAUAAAUUAAGUAAUAUUGAAAUUAUUUGGAUCAUAAGGGAUGAACACAUAAGUUCACAUUUUCUAGAUGCUGGGGCAGCAGAAUUUUUUAGUAACUUCUUGAAUUCUCAUCAAUCAAGUGAAAAAGUGGUAAAAAGAUUUAGAUAUUCUGGUCAAAAUAGUUCUGGAGCUGCGCUUGGACCAGACUGGCAUUGUGGUACAAUGUUUGGCAAGUGUGACAAUAAGAAUGUAGUCAUAGAAUAUAAGACUGAAAUAAAAAAUAUUUUUAAACAAGACCUAGUAAAGGUGGAAUUGACUAAUGGAAAAGUAUAUGAUUGUGAUUUUGUUGUAUCCGCAACUGGAGUAACGCCAAAUAGCAAUUUAGAAGUAAGAGAUGGUAAACAUUUUGACAUUGCCUAUGAUGGCGGUAUUAAAGUAGACUGGAAGAUGGAAACAAAUUUAUCAGAUAUUUUUGCAGCCGGUGAUGUGUGUACUGUAAACUGGACUUCUGAACAUUGGUUUCAAAUGCGAUUAUGGACUCAAGCAAGACAAAUGGGAAUGUAUGCAGCUAAGUGCAUGUAUUCCACACAAACAAAUGAAACAUUAUUACAAGACUUUUGUUUUGAGUUGUUUACACAUGUUACAUCAUUUUUUGGCUUCAAAGUAAUAUUAUUAGGUCUAUAUAAUGCUCAAGGACUGGAUAAGAAUUAUGAGUUAUUAGUUCGUGUUACUGAAGGUCUUGAAUAUGUUAAAUUAGUUAUACAAAAUGGAAGAGUUGUUGGAGCUAUGUUAAUUGGAGACACUGAUCUUGAAGAAAUGUGUGAAAAUCUUAUACUGAAUCAAAUUGACGUUACUAAUUUAAUGGAUGAUUUAUUAGAUCCUAACAUUGAUAUAGAAGAUUAUUUUGAUUAA